AUGGCCAUUGAAGAUUUCUACUCCAAAAAUAGCUACAACACAAUGUUGGUGCCUCAUUUUAGGGAUUCAAGCAUUGAUGUUGUUUCUGCAGCAUCUGCAGCAAUAGAUCUGCUGAAGAACACUCAAGUUAUGGCGAUUUUGGGGCCGCGAAGAUCUACACAAGCAGACUUCGUGAUAGGUAUCGGCAACAAAGUGAAAGUCCCAAUAAUCUCACCAGCAACGAGUCCGUCGCUAUCGCCUCAAGAAUCGCCAUACUUCAUCAGAUCAUCAUGGUGCUCUGCUUCUCAAGCCAAAGCAGUUGCUGCAAUCGUCAAGAAUUUCGGUUGGAGAGAAGUCGUGUUAGUUUACGAAGACACCAAUUAUGGGAGUGGAUUAUUGCCAUUUCUGACGGAGAAUUUGUUGGAAAGCUAUGCUCUAGUCUCAAACAUGACUGCGAUCUCCCCUUCUGCUCAAAAUGAUACGAUUCUUGAAAAAUUGUAUGAGUUGAAGAAGAUGCAGACGAAGGUGUUUGUCGUUCACAUGUUGCAGCCUCUGGCGUCGCGUUUCUUCAAAAUGGCGCGAGAAUCCGGCAUGAUGGAGGAGGGGUAUGUCUGGAUGAUCUCCGGCACGAUAACAAGUGUGUUGGACUCUGUGGAUCUGGAAACUGCUGAGGCGAUGCAGGGCGUGGUGGGCGUGAGGGCCUAUAUCCCGAGGUCUAGUGAAGUCGAUGACUUCACUAGACGAUGGGAGAAGAGGUUUUAUGAGGAGCAUUUGGAGUUUGAAAGACCAAAAUUAAAUAUUUUAGGUUUAUGGGCUUAUGAUAGUGUAGCUGCUCUAGCGGAGGCAGUGGAGCGUGUUGGUGUGACAUAUCCAAUAUUCGAGAGGAGGGCCGGGAUGGGAAAUUCGACCGAUUUGGAAGAAAUUGGGAUUUCAAAUUCCGGAUCAAGACUCGCACCCUUGAUCAGAAAUUUUACCUCAAAAGGGUUGAGUGGCGAUUUUGUAAUUAAAAACGGGGAGCUGCAGCCGGAUGUGUUCGAGAUCAUGAACGUGGUAGGCAAUGGGGCAAACAGAGUCGGAUUUUGGAGGGAAAGUUACGGGAUUUCGAAGGAUUUAAAGGGAAACGGUGGGGGGAGAAGCCUCGGAGCCAUCGUGUGGCCGGGGCAGACGAGCGAGGCGCCCAAAGGUUGGGCCAUAAACUCGAGCAAGAAGUUGAGAGUGGGAGUGCCUUUGAAGGGUAGAACUAGUGGACUUAUUCAUGUUACAAUAGAUGAAGAAACAAAUGUGGUUAAACCGAGUGGUUUUUGCAUUGAUGUGUUCGAAGAAGUCAUGAGAUCAAUGCCGUAUCGUGUCGAAUUCGAGUACAUUGGCUUCCAAAAUGUCGAUGGGAAUAGCACAGGAUUUCACUACGAUCGCCUUAUUGAACAAGUAUUCCUCAAGAACUUUGAUGUAGUGGUAGCAGGCAUAACCAUCUCUGCAAACAGAUCAAACUACGUCGAUUUCACCAUUCCUUAUAUAGAAUCUGGAGCUUCUACUGUUGUCCCAAUCAAGGGCACCGAGAAUGCUUGGAUUUUUAUGAAACCUCUCACAAUGGGCCUCUGGCUUACCAUUGGGGCAUAUUUCAUCUUCACUGGCUUCGUUGUUUGGGCUCUUGAGCAUCGCGUAAAUGAAGAGUUCCGCGGCCCACCGCUACAACAAGUCGGGAUGAUAUUCUGGUUCUCUUUCUCAACACUUGUUUUUGCACAUAAGGAGAAAGUGAACAACAACUUGUCAAGAUUCGUGGUGAUUGUAUGGCUGUUUGUGGUGCUUGUUCUGACGUCGAGCUACACGGCGAGCCUGACAUCGAUGCUGACGGUGCAGAAGCUCGAUCCGACCGACAUCCACGAUCUGACAAAGAAAGGUGAAUAUAUUGGGUUCAAGGAAGGUUCUUUCAUGAGAGCAGUUUUGGAUAGCAGUAACUCAGACAACUCCAAGUUCAAAGCCUACACCUCCUUUGAAGAAUACGAUGAAGCCCUCUCUAAGGGCAGCCGAAAUGGAGGAGUAGGUGCAAUUGUUGAUAACUUGCCUUCCAUUAGGCUCUUUCUCAACCAAUAUUGCCACAAAUACACCAUGAUCGGCUCAACCUACAAAAAAUCCGGCUUUGGAUUUGCAUUUCAAAAAGGUUCGCCACUAGCCCCUGAUGUUUCAAGAGCAAUCUUGCAAGUGAGAGAGAAUGGGAAAAUGGAUAAAAUUUCCGACAAGUGGUUUGGCAAAGAGAACUGCGGGUGUCGUAAUGGAACUGCCGAUGCCUCAAAAAGCCUCAAUCUCGACCAUUUUAAGGGCCUCUUUUUGAUUUCUGGGCUAUCUUCGUUGUCAGCUCUAGCCAUCUCCUUGUUCAUCUUCUUGUACAAGAAUCGGAGUGUUCUAACCACUCGUGCCCCCAUCAAGCGGAAACUCUCUGAUCUCGCUGGAGCUUUUGAUCGGGAAAGAGACGAUAAAUCGAUGUCGUUAUCCAAGGAUUCGAGAGCUAGUUUUGAUGAACAAGUAGUUGCGGCAGAGACUCCUGCAAUCACCAAUUUAUGUGAUGAACAAGGAAGGAUUUCCCAAGAUGGAGACUUCGCAUCAAUACAAUUCUAGUGGUAACAACAACCUAAUUAGUUUGGAGUUACCGAAUAAUAUCUCAAAGUGUUCAAAUAAACUGUCGUUAAAUAGUAUUCUAACUCUUACAAAUGUCCCAGGAAUUUACAUGUUGAUAGUCAUGCUAUAAAUAUUUCAAAAAUAUAAAUGACAGUAUUCUUCUCCUA